CCGGAUCACCGGCCCCGCCGCCGCCGCCGUCUGGAUCGCUGCUGCCGUAUCUCCGGAUCGCAGCCACUACCGCCGUCUGGAUCGCCGCCGCCGUCACACAGAAGACAGUGCAGGAGCUGCCGCCGCCGCCCGCCCCCAUCUCCUCCCCUGAUCCAACUAAACAUCCCGUAAACUAAAAAAGAGGGUGAUUGGUUAGGAUGCUGCAGCAGCUAAUAAGAUGGGAAGACAACUCACUUUGCCCCUCCUCCAAGCACAUCAGCGACUCUUCGAUCUGCUUCUCUCCUUCGCAAGAUAUGGGAUUCUUAUAUACCAUUGCUGCAUCAUGUUGCACACAUGCAAUUCUAUUGUUUUGUGUAAGAGCCAUUGACUUUUGUGGAGAAGUUCGCGUCACGAUGGAAUUCUGCUGUCAAGGUCGCCAUGUCGGCGAGCUUGUUGGCGUCGUACUGCCCCAACAGGAGCGCCAUUGGGUUGGCGGCGCUGCUGGCGGCUGCAACCAUGGAUGAUGGAAAUUGUGAGUCCUGCAAAAUCUGUACGUGGGUUAGGAUAACAGGUUGAGCCAUCUGUUCCUCUAUAGUCAAACGCUUGAUUGGGAUGUUCUAUCCAUGAUGGGAUUCAUGAAACUCGACCUGUUGAAGAAGUUUCAGUCCAGCUUCACUCACCGCCUUUCAUUGUCAUCGAGACAACCGACAUUGCUCAAAACGCCGCAUCCCCGGCCUACUCUCUCUUCACCCGUCAAUGUUCAUGUGCUCCGACCCUCCCCGACCCCUCCCAGCAAGCAGCAGAGUCUCUUGUUCGAGCUCCACCGGGCCGGCGGCGACGACGUCCAUGUUCGUUGGGCGGAGCACAAUGCUAGGGUUGAAAUCCACCAUGCUGCUACUGAUGAGGCUCUCCUCCUUUGUCCACCGGUUAUCAGACAACUGCGUAUGACACGUCCACCGUCGUACACUCAUUUGAUCGUGCUGAUGCGCCUGGCUGUGGGAUGGCUUCUGCUGGGAUGCUCCGAGAUUUUUAGAACACUAAGGGCAUAUCUUGGCUUGAAUGCUGCUGGGUCGAUGAAGGCCAUGCAACAUGGCAGGUUUUGCUUACUCGUGGCUAUAUGUUGGCUUCGUGCUGGUGGGCUAUAGUUCUCCUGUCACAAAUCAUGGAGACAUUCAUCAUCGCAGAUUUCUGCUCCUGCUAUGUGAAAAGCAAUGGUGUGCCCUUGGAACGUCCUGCAGUAAGCCCUCUAAAAGAAUCCUUAUGAAGUGUUCCUAGAGUUUGGUGGAUAUGACCGGAGUGAUAUUUUCAUAAGGAAGUCCAAGGCACAAGGGCUAUAAAUGUUAAGGAUUGCCUGACUGCGACAACUAUUGGGUUCCGUCUCACCAUGCAGUGUCGCAAUAAGGCCAUUGAUCCAGUGUAGUUGUUGGGCAUGCACAUUGUGGAAUGGUUGUAGCAACUUGCUGGACUGCGGAUCAGGCCAUUCCCUUCCUCAGCAGAGCAGUCGGGCAAUUUUUGGACUACAGAAUUAGGUAAGUAAUUGAAUAUAUUUUUAUGGUCCGAAAAGCUUUCCAUUUAAAUGUUUUGCGAAACUAGACCUUUUCUCUUUUGUAAACAAAGACUAGAACCGUGGAAGAAGUUACUGAGUUAGCCUAAUCUAAGAUAGAACAUAUGCACUUUUGGAAAGCUUUUUUGAUUGCUAAAUCCGGUUAUCAGAGCUAAGAAGCAACUUUUCUAAACAUAUAGUUUGACAAGUUGUUACUCUUUGUGCACUGUGUGUGCUGCUUCUUUUGAACAUUCAGAGCUGAAGGUCAUUUCUGCUCUAAUGUUAUACAUUUUCAUUAGCAUGACGCAAGGUUAAUUUAUUUCUUGUUAUCUUGUGUUAUUUAUUUUUCAAAUAUUAUAAACCGCUGAUGCCCGAAUCCUGCUUUAUUCAAUUGAAUGUAAAGUUCUCUCCUUCAAUAUUCUAAUGCUUUACUAAUUUGUCAUAUGUGAGAAACCGAGAAGAAGGGCGCAUGCACAAUUUAUACCAGCAUCACAUUCCAAAUUGGUUUCUCUUUGUGUUAGUUUUCUUCUCAAAUUGGCAAGUUGUAGAGAUCAGAUUCUUUUCCCUUCAAACGAAUAUAAAACGCUCUUCUUUACUUUCCGAUUCAUUCAUUUAUUUUUGACACUCUGUUCAUUUAAAAUUUUGAAGUUCAAAUGAAUAAGUAUGUUUUUAUU